AUGUCUUCAGGUCAACAGAACGAAAAGAUCGCUAGAUCAGUACAGAGUAUCAACACUGCUUUCCAGCUCUUCACAACCGAUGACGUUGAAAAACAGGUUUUCAACGAAAAAGCUGGUCCACUAGCUAUGGCAGUAUCAAUGCUUGGCUACCCUGGCCAGGCAGGUCUAGUUCGUGCGUCAUUGAAGCUUAUUGUUGGCCUGGAAAAGGCACAUGCCAGCGGCUUAGAUGUUUCGAUGAUGAAACACCUGACCCCUACUCCAAUCGACCGAUUCACAUCUGGGCAGGGUGAUCCAAUUGGACUCAAUCCAAGAGAGGAUCAAAUUUUGCUGAAACAUUUUCUCAAUGAUUACAAGGGAAACGUAUGGUAUUAUUUCGGCGCAAGGCCAGAUAAAAAUGACCAAAGAUGGAAUCGGACAGUAACCUGUCUUACCUACGGAUGUUUUCUCUUUUGUGCUCUUAUAACGGGGAUAUCAUCAGUACCACUUUGCUGGAACAAGGGUGUCGUGUAUUGGAUCUUGGUCAUGCUCAACCCACUCGGGUUGUGUAUUCUUGCUGUGACCUUCAUUCAGGCUCGUACAGGUAUCCGACCUGCAGAAAUUCACUGGCAAAAUGAGGAUGGACCAGAUCCGCCAAAUUGCAACGAUCCUCGGAAGUAUCCUAAAUUACCUCAUUCAAUAAUCUUUGAUGGUGAUCGUAUCGGAAUAAUCGAUGAACGUGCAAUCGACAUAUAUCCUUUAAGCACGUUACGCUUCAAGAUCGCCCUUGCAGUAGGUACAUCAUGUCUUUUAAUCGGAUUUCUUGUCGCUUUUACCCUGAUUCAAGAUAAUGAUCUAGAUGCGAUUAUUUGGGUAACUUGUCAGCUCGUCUUAACAGGAUUGCGAUAUGUAGUUUGGCUUCUUGAGCCGCUAAGAAUGGUACAGAGAUUAUCAAAAGAGAUGGGAAUUGAAGCAAACACCGUUGCAGGCGAUAUAUGUGACUUUACAGAUGAAGCCACGGCACGCAUCGUGUUCUUGAUCGCACGCAAACGGAUUUACGACACCAUAUACGGUGAAUAUUUCCUUAGUCGAUAUACUGAGGAGUCUAUAUGGCAUGUUUUAUCAAGCUUACCUUGGGCUGAAGCGGGAAAUUGGUGUCAGCAUAAAGCGCUCAAGGCUGAAGAAGUAUAUGCCGCCGUUCAGGACGAACAAACCAUCCUAGAUCAGCUUAAAAAAGAAGCAAAUCAAAGAGCGGCUUCUGGAAAAGCGACGAAUGUUUCAAGCCAGGCGCCAUUUCGAACUGUAGAACAAAGCAAAGAUACUACACAAUCUCGCGAAAACCAUAGGGUGAUAGAUAUGCAGCAGGGAACCAGCAAUAACCAAAUCAUACUGAUCCCAUUGCCAAUCAUUUAUGCGAUGUGCGAUGUUCUAGGACUAAAGCCGCUUUCCUGUGGCUUACCUACUAUGUCUGUACUUAACAAUUAUGGAACUUAUGUAACACUCUGCUUGGUUACUCGAGGUUCUAUGGUGUCUUUCCUGCUUUACAUUGGUUAUUUUCCCGCAAUGGAAGGACGUUUAUUCGGAUUUUUACCCGAUAACGAGGAACAGUCCACCUUACAGCUUUGCUCGGACUUAAGGUUGGAAUUUACCGGUGGAAUUUUGACUAAAGCAAGUCAGCCAGAGGUCAGCCCGCCCAUGGAAGAUUUCGCGAGAGAAAAGUCUUCGAAUGAGUCUUUCGAAAAAUUGCUUUGGUCUUGGAAGCAGAACACCCGACAAGAUAAAAUCAUCAAUUCAAGGGCCGAUCUACCGCUAACGGCCAGUCCUAGAGAUGAAGAUUCUUAUUUAGUAAUAGAGACUAGACGGAAUCAUUACCUUUAUGGGCGAUCGAUAUUAAGGUUGUUCAUUCGUAAUUCUCAAGAUAUAGAGAGAAGAAAGCGCAUUCGGACUUAUCACGUUGCUUCUAAAGGUGACGGAAAUGGGGCAUCCUCCUUCUGGCGGAAUCGAGCCAACAUUGCUAUAGGAGGGACAGCACAGCGACUGGGAGGGACAGCACAGCGACUGGGAGGGACAGCACAGCGACUGGGAGGGACAGCACAGCGACUGGGAGGGACAGCACAGCGACUGGAAACUUUGAGCGGUCCAAAGACGCAUUCAGUGCAAGUGAAUCCAGCAUCACCAACAUAUCACACAGCAGCGACUUCAAUUAUCAGCGAUGACAUUAUUCGAGAAGAAGAGGAUUGGGCCGCAGAUUUGGUGGAGGUAUGGUAUGAGCAGCGUGAUUGA